CCCAUUAGAGAGAGAAGCCUCUCUCUCCUCUGCUCAAGCCUUCCGCUCAUUUUGGCAGGAAAAUGCCUCCGAUUAUGCCGGAAAAUACCUUCAGUUUCGGCCAAACCGCAUAAAGAAACGAUUAAAGUCACCGAGAAACAUGGAUUUGGCGUGAUCAGAAGAGUUAAUUUCGCCGAGCCUUCACUCUUUCACCCCCGACCCGCAAGCUAAGCGGGUACCACGUAUCGCAUCCUGAAAAUGGAGCGUCUCAUCAACUACAGUAGGGCCCUGGCCCCAUCGGAUGCUCCGAAUCGGACGCUGCCACGUCGCAGCCUUUCUGUAUUCCUGGGCCCCGCAUUCGACGCGGAGGCCCUCCGCAGCUACUCGUGCUCGCCGGAUCUCUUCCCUGGAAAUGACGUCCACCGGCAAAUUUCGCCGGAUAUAGGCGUCCGAAAACAGAGAUUCUCGCUUUCACCUGUGACACCUCCGAGCCCAGUGCUCCCUCCGCCAUCGUAUGGGAAAGGGAAGGAGAUGGAAGAGGGGGUAUUGGUGAUGGAUGGGUUAUUGGUGAAUACGUUUACGAAGCAGCAGCACAAGUCGUCGUUGAUGGAGUCAACGUCCUCUUCUUCGUCGAAUGGCUCAGGAGAUUGGGCAAUGGGGACUCUGUAUAAGACCGAUAUUUGCAGGGCUUGGGAUGACAGAGGGGCUUGCAGAUACGGCUCCAAGUGUCAGUUUGCGCAUGGAAAAGAGGAGCUGCGACCGGUGAUGCGUUUUCCCAAAAACAAAGGAGAGGUGUGCAGAAGCUCGUGCAGUUUGGGUCCUUGCAAGCAAGUAGGAAAGUGCCACCAUCCUGUACCUUUGGGCCUCAAAUCUUACUUGCACGAGCAGGGCAACAUCGUCGCCGCUUUCAUGUUUGGCCUCGCCAAAGACGACAGCACUGCCGAUAACAGUGGCGGCAGCAAUGAAUACAUAUAUUCUUACUCCUCACCAUCAUCAUACCACCCCAACUCAAACCCCAGGACCAUAAUCUCUCCAACUCCCCCUUAUGCUGAUUAUUCCAUGGGGUUGACAGCGAGGACACAGAGGGAGAAUUUGGUGAGCAGGGAAGAGAAUUUCUUGAGGGCCGCCGAAGCCUUGGAUUCGAGCAUCAAGAGAGAGGAGGGCGCCAUUAAUAUUGAGGCUUUGAAGCAGGCCGGAGCCCGCUUUUUCUUAACGGAAGCAGAGGCCCUUCACUAUUGCAUGAGGACAAAGGUUUUUGGCGAUGGCUGCCCGUCCCCUGCUAUGGCUGCCCGUUGCUCGAGGAAACGCUUGCCCAUCUUUUCUAGUAUUUGCCCGGACUGAAACGCCUGCCCGUGAGGCUCUUUUUCUUUUCUCUUGAGGUGCUUUUGACGUCGGAUUGUUAACGUCUGGAUUCUUUUUAUGAAGAAAUUCUUUUUCUUAACGAAGAAAUAUGGGUUUCAAUGAAUAAUCAAGA